AUGGCACUUCGAACGCUCGGCGCGAAGGCUGCUGCCGCACUGGACGAAGAGCUCAUGUCGAGCGGUGCCUUCACCAUUGAUCAACUAAUGGAGCUCGCUGGUCUCAGCGUAUCUCAAGCACUCUACCAAUUAUCGCCACCUUCCAAAUCCCCCAACGUCCUCAUCGCGUGCGGGCCGGGAAACAACGGCGGAGACGGCCUCGUAGCAGCUCGACAUCUGCAUCACUUUGGCUACAAGCCAACCCUCUACUAUCCCAAACAAGGCAAAGCAGAAAUCUACGCACGCCUACGAAAGCAGCUAGAGCAGCUCCAAGUGAAAUUCACAGAAGAUUUUCCAUCUGCUUUGUCUCAAUCAGAUUAUGUCAUUGAUGCGAUUUUUGGCUUUAGUUUCAGUGGGGAGGUGCGAGAGCCGUUUCCGGGGGUUAUUAAAGUCCUUGCUGAAUCGAGGAUUCCUGUGCUCGCGGUGGAUGCACCUUCUAGCUGGAAUAUUGAAGAUGGUCCACCAAGUGAUGGACCGGGGAAGGGAUAUCAACCUCAUGCUCUCAUUUCACUUACUGCGCCGAAGCCGCUCAGCAAGUGGUUCAAAGGAAGACAUUUUGUGGGAGGCAGGUUCGUUGGCAGAGAGAUUGCUGAGAAGUAUGGCUUUGAUAUUCCUCCCUACAAGGGGAGCGAUCAAGUUGUGGAGGUCGCUGCAAGUGGCGAGAAGCUGUAACAGGCUGACUUUGAAAUCAAACUUCAUGAACAAACUCUGGACUCUGCAAUCCAGUACUUUCU